GCUGACGUGCUCACACAGUCACUCCGUUUAGCUCAAAUCCUUAUCGGCGACUCGGCGUCGGAGCUCACGACCACGACCGCUUCCACGCCCUCGACCCCGAACCCCCAAUCCCGGACGCGACCGCUGAACCCUAGCAUACUCCGGCCAUCUGCUGCCGGCCCCGGCGAUCCCCCGCCAUGGCCUCCCCCGAGGGCACAACGUGGGUCUUCGACUGUCCCCUUAUGGACGACCUCGCGGUCGCCGCCGACUUCGCGGCAGCCCCCGCGGGAGGAUUUUUCUGGGCAGCGCCGCCGUCGCUGCAGCCGCAGGCGCCAGUGCAGUCUGUCGUUGCCGCGUCGGCUCCCAACCCAUGCAGUAUGGAAAUCAGUAGCUCUGUGGACUGUGGUCAGGAAAAAGAACAGCCAACAAAUAAACGUCCAAGGUCAGAAAGUACUACAGAAUCAAGCACAAAAGCAUCCAGGGAGAAAAUUAGAAGGGACAAGCUGAACGAGAGAUUCUUGGAAUUGGGUGCCAUUUUGGAGCCAGGGAAAACUCCUAAAAUGGACAAAACAGCUAUAUUGAGUGAUGCUAUUCGUGUAGUAGGUGAAUUGCGUAGUGAAGCAAAAAAGCUCAAGGAUUCAAAUGAGAAUCUCCAAGAGAAGAUUAAAGAGCUGAAGGCCGAGAAGAAUGAGCUGCGAGACGAGAAGCAAAGGCUGAAGGCCGAGAAGGAGAGCCUGGAGCAGCAGAUCAAGUUCCUGAAUGCCCGGCCAAGCCUCGUACCACACCACCCAGUGAUCCCAGCCUCUGCGUUCCCUGCUCCCCAGGGGCCAGCAGCCGCCGCCAGGCACAAGCUGAUGAUGCCUGUGAUUGGCUACCCUGGAUUCCCGAUGUGGCAGUUCAUGCCGCCUUCAGAUGUUGACACCUCUGAUGACCCUAGGUCUUGUCCUCCUGUGGCGUAGAAGCCGUGCGAAAUCCUGUUGGAAAGAGGCGAUGCUGCCUUCCAUUGAUUCAAAUCUUGAUCGGUCCGCAGUGUUGUUGGUGUAGUUGAUUCCAGAACUGAAGGGGAUGUUACAUGUGUCGGACGGUGACAUGGGGUGAUCUGAUGACCCCUUUGUAUAUUAUAUAUGGUAUGGUAUAAAUAAAUUCCGCGACCAGAAGCUAAUGUGGAUCGGUGGAUUAGCUUAUGUCUA